AACUUGUGUUUGAGAGGCACACACAAUAUCCACUCCCCCUCUACAAACCUAAACUCUCUCUACAAUUUAUUUCUCUCUGCAAUCACAUUUGUAUGGCCGCUAAUUUGCAGCGCAAUCGUGGACUUGCGAAUUUGGGCAAAAGAUUAGCUCGCCAGAUCCGCUCUCGCGAUUCCCUUGCCAUUUCUCUGCUCCACCGCAGGAGUGUGCAAGCUUCAGCCUACGAAAAGAACCCAGAGGAGAAUGUGAACUCGACUCUGGUCCCAGACCACGUGAUCCCACCUCAGUCGGACGAGUACUGGGCUCCUCACCCGAAGACAGGGGUGUUCGGGCCUGCAACGGAUGAGAACCCGGGUUUGGGCCGCAACCCUGGGGGUGAAGGAGGCACUGACGGGGGCUCGGUGUUGGAGGAGAAGGCGUUCUUCCGCCCGCUCAAGGACUUGGAAAAGCCUCCGGUCCAGCCGUCCAGCCUUGAGUCGCAUAACUAGGUUGUAUCUGUAUCUGUAAUGAAUAAUAAACCUGUAUGUUUGUACCCUAAAGUGCAGAAUAUGAUACUGCUAUGUUACGAGAAUGGGUUAAGUGUGUGAUAAUGAUGGGAAUAGUUUGGAUUCUGCGAUA